AUGGCAGCAUCAGGAACAUGUUUUCUCCAUCAGUUCAUACUUUCUCCAGUUUACAUCAUGAACAGUGAAAUAACAAUCGAUAAGAUGCCUUCAACAGAUAAUAAUAAUAAUAUUAAUGUUAAUGAUAAUAAUAAUAGUAAUAACAUUUGCAUUAUAAAAAAUGGUACCUCUCCUCAAUUGAAGAUGAAAUCACAAAUUGUCAAGAACUUCAAACUUGAUUUUGAUUUGCCUGUUCAAAAUGUUUAUACAUUUGAAGAAAUAUUAGAUUUGAUGACUAAUGAUCAUUCAUACUUGAAAGACUUAACCGUUCUAUUUAAAAUCGUAAAUGAGUGCAACAACAAACUGCACCACUACCCACAAUUCAUGGAAGCCUUGGCCGAAAUCAUAAACAUUUGUCGUUUGCCCUUUCUCAUGACCUUGACCUCCGAUGAACUGACCUUCAAAAAAAUUGCUAUUGAGUGCAUAGAACAACUUGGCUACUUGAUGAGAUUUCAUGACGACCACUUCAUCUCACACAUCUGCUUCUCGUUGAACGGGCUCUACAACUCAUCCAAUGCCAAAGAACCACCUUUCAACAUAGAAGGAGUGAAGCAGACAACAGAACGCUACAACAGGAUGCUGAUGGAUGAGAGUGAUCUGGCUGAAUCAGUUGCCAAGUUUAUGUUGAACAUGAGAGAGAAUGAUGACCUCAUCUUGGCUGUCCUUACGCUCACCAACUCCAUCUCCCAGUCAGAAUGUAACAGCCUCAAAAUGUUGCAAUCUGACGUCAUUCCCAUUCUGUGCAACUUCUUCAAAACAGCUCUUGAAAAUCCCAGCAGGAAGAAAUCUCGAAUUGUCUUCUUGAGUGUUGGAGUUCUCUUGAACUUGGCAGAGUUUGGACCAUCAGCCAUUAUGUCCCAACAGUUCAUGAACACCCAAUGCCUUUCGAACUUGCGUGAAUGUACAGUUCAGUACCUGCUGCAGUCGUACAGUGUGCAGGACAAGCAACUUCGUAAUGAUCUCAUCAGUCUAGUCUCCAUGCUACUGACCAAGUGUUGCAACGUGCCCCUCGUUGAAAUGGGGUUCGUUAAGAUGCUCACCCUCUUUGCUACCUUUCAAGAAGUGAAGUCACACAACCUUCUUGUGAAGCACAUGAAGCUGUAUUGUGACGAGAACGAGGAUUACGAACUGAAGCUGCUACUCAUUGACAUCAUCAUGCUGAUGAUUAAAAUUCCUGGAGUUGUUAAGGUCUACAGAGAAUGCAAUUUGAUCCAAUGCUUGUUGUGCUACGCUAACAACCCGUGCGGUAGGGAUUUGUUUCUUGCUUGCCCUCAAAACAACCACCACGGAAAUAAUAAUAGCAUCAUGAAUAAUGUGAAUAAUAAUAACAACAUGAAAAAUGUUAAUAAUAAAAACAAUAAUAAAAACAAUAAUUAUAAUGGAUGUAAUUGUAGAAUUAAAAAUAACCAUAACAUAUUUAAUAGUAUUAACAUGACAACAAGUGGUAAUAGCAAUAAUAAUUCCAACAACAAUGAUAGUGUACGAAUUUGUGACAAAAACCCAAACAACAUCGCCACUCAUUGUAUGGACAGCCUGUGCAACAACCUUGAUGCAUUAAACACAGACAACUUCUUCAGCAAACAUCAGACGGUAACUAACUUCUCUGUGGACAAAUAUUCUCCAAAAAAUAUGCAACACCAUCAACUACAACAUCAACUAAAACAACGACCAACAACGACAAUGUCUCAAUCUCGUGUUCUGCAGCCACGACUUGCAUGGAACGCGCAACAAUUCAAAGAAAUACAACAACUCUCUCUGCUCGCCCUCUCCCAAGUUGGACCCUUGAUGCUCGAUGAUGUCGUUGCUUGUCACCUGAUCCAAGCUGUGUUGCACACUAUGUACACUUGCAUCAACAGACCUAUUUGCUCCUGUUGUGAGUUCAUGUGUGGUUGCAGCACUGAACAUUUUGACUUACAAAACACUUUGAUGCUUGAUAAACGUCUACUGAAACGUUGCACAACAAUUUUGCACAACUUGCUGCUGACGAGAUAUCAGAAAGUUCUUGAUGAGUUCAUUUGUUGCGGAGGGAUGAACCUCCUUCUCUGUAUGCUGAGAUAUUUGCACAGCCAAGUAACCACGUUUGAUGAAACACUGCAACUUGAUAAGAUGAUAGUAUCAACGCAGUCGGACAUGUUCAUGAUACUAUCAUUCUCUUGCUAUGGUAGCAAACAGAACAAAAACGCACCGCACUCACUGAGGAACCAGAUACUCGGCUGUUUAUGCGACCUCACUGAGAACCCAGACAGUCUGGAACAUCUCACCACCUGGACAUUCGACCACAGCCACAACGACGAUGGCUGCUCAGGCACCGACGGCGCCGUUGAAAAUAUGAAAUACACCAGCAGCAGCAGCUUCAACAGGAACUUAGACAACGAAGUAGCUGGCAUGAGUGAUUUGGAUGCACUAUGUAAAAGAAAACAGUACAAAUGUCAAAUGACCUUGACCCAUUUGUUGUGUGAUCUCUGGAGACAGGAGGAAGCUAAACUUGGAGUGAUCAGAGAUGACUUGGGAGUCGUCCUUAGUAAUGUUUUUUUAAUUUUGUCAGUUUUUGAUGUCAUUUUAUUGAAUAAUUGCGGGUGCAAUAUUUCAAGACAAACAGUCGCCAUUGGCUACAAAGAGUCAACUGGAUCAACCUUUAAUCAAACAACCAGCCAGCCAAAUGAGCUGUUCAAUCGUUGA